AUGUUAUCUUUUGUUGUUGCUAUCAUUGUUUAUAUUGACGGAGAGGUUGUAGUUGUAUAUUAUUAUAUUUGUAAGGAUAAUAUUGUUGUCUCAAUAACUUUUGUUAGGACUUUCUUUGAGUUCAAGCAAUGGUUAACAGAGUAUGAAAAUUCUUCAUAUUUCUCUUCUAUGCAAAAAUUGGUUGAAGCAAUUAAAGUGGGAGUUGUGGACAAGAUAUCAAUUCUUUUGGCAAAAGAAAAGAAACGUGAAUUUCUCGAAAGUGUUAAAAAAGAAAUUGAGAAUGCCAAAGCGACAGUCCAAGUGGAAAUUCCUAAUCUAAAAUUCGAUGAACUAUUAAAUAAUUGGGAAUAUUAUAUCAAUAAGAGAUACUUUGAGAAACUUGGAGAGCAAAAAUUCAUGGAAGAAGAGCAACAGAAAUUGAAGGCUAAAUGGAGUCUUCAAAAAUCCAAUUCCAAAUGGAUCCAUCCAGUUCAAUCUUGUGGAGAUUUAAGGUGUGCAGGUGGUCAUACCCUUAAUAAUACAGUUGUCUGUUGGGAUUGUAAAAACGAAUUAUUUUGGACCGAUGUUCCAACUAGAUCCUAUAUGUGUAAAGGAUGUGAUAUGUCCUCGAAAUUCUAUUCACUGGAUCUCAAAUGUAUUCGAUGUAAAGAAGAAGCAUACUGCAAAAUUCGUUGUACAGGUUCUUUGGUUGUUUACAUAUGUCCAAUAACCUUUGUAGUUCCUAAAUCUAAGCUAUCACUCAAAAGAUUCACUCCAGAUAUUGAUUUUCAAAUUUUAGUUUAUUUGGUUCAAAUCUAA